AUGCCUCCCCCAAAACCCACACCGGGCGAAGCAGCUACGAACAAACCAAGCUCCAGAUUCAGAGUCCUCGCCCCCGAACUGGCUAAAAUUCGAUCAUCAAGGCCGUCCGCCCCCUCAAGCUCCUCGCCCUCGCCUUCUGCCUCUGCCUCUGCCUCCGCCGCGAAUCCCUCCCCAUCCAUCCCCAAUGCGCAAUCCACCCCCCGUCCCAGCAGACCGUCCCUGUUCUCACUCUUCCGGGAACGCUACGCGAGCAUUCCCACGCCCAUCCGCCGGACUUUCCGCGUCCUCCGCGUGCUAGCCCCCAUAGUCCCCAUCGGGAUCUUUUUCUCCGAACACGUGCUCCAGGUGAUGUGGGUGCGCGGCCCGUCGAUGACGCCCUUCCUGAACGAAGAUUACGAGACAAUGCAUACGAAGAGCGAUAUGGUUCUGGUGAACAUGUGGCCGUUCGGAGGCGCGGGGUGGCCCUGGGAGCGGAAGCGAAGGUUGGAACGAGGGAUGAUUGUUACGUUUCGGUCGCCGGCCAAUCCUAAGCAUAUCGCUAUCAAGCGCGUCAUUGGUCUCCCCGGGGACCGUAUCACGACUCGGGAGCCCUGUAUGAAGACCUCGCAGAUUGUGCCGUUCAAUCAUGUUUGGCUGGAGGGUGAUGCGGAGGACCCGAAGAAGUCGCUCGACAGUAACACGUACGGGCCGGUGAGUAUCAGUCUGAUCACGGGGAGGGUCAUGGCGGUCUUACGGCCGCAGUUCAGGUGGCUCAAUUGGCAGGGUUGGGAGAAUGGGGUCGUUGAAGGCGAUGAUAAACAUAAGUUUGGGGAGAAUUACCGGCAAGAUGUACGGCAGAGAGUUUUGAAAGAGGCUGUCAAGCUGGAGAGACCUCAAUUCGAAUAG